AUGGUAUUGACCCGAAAACGCCAGGGCCGCAAUGACCGCGGCUUAACCGCCCGCGAUGUGAAGACUUAUUCAGAGUCGAGCAUUGCCAAUGUCCUCGAAGUUCCCAAUCUGAUCCGCAGCCAACUGGAAUCUUUUGACUGGUUCAAGACCAAAGGGCUUGCCGAGACGUUUAAAGACUGCUCGCCCAUCGUGGCGGGUAUCACCCGACGGUUUGCGAAUGGCGAAGCGUCGCGUCGCGCCGAGCGGUUCGAGCUGUACUUUCUGGAUCAUUGGUUUGACCCGCCCCAGUUUAGUCCUGAAGAGUGCCGCGAACGGGAAAUCACUUAUUCGCAACCGCUAUAUGUGCAGGCGCAGUUGCGGGACCAGGAAACCGGUGAGGUAACACAAUCUGACAUUUUCUUCGGCGAUGUCCCGAUGAUGACCGAUACCGGCACUUUCAUCAUCAAUGGAGCCGAGCGGGUGCUGGUGAGUCAGCUCCAGCGUGCGCCCAGCGUUUAUUACGAGCGCGAACCUUCGCAAGACCCGCCGUGUCCGGAAUGCGGGAAGAUCGAGAAUUGGUACUACAAGGGACGUAUCUCGGCCAGCCGGGGCGCUCGCAUCGAGCUGUCCACCUGGACCCACUACUACGCCCGCCGGCGCAACCAGCCGGAGGCGAUCAGCGUUAGCGUAGACCGCAAGCGCCGCAUGAGCGUGUCAAACUUCCUGCACGCGCUGGGAGUGGUGAGCGCUGAAGAGAUGCGGGCACUGUUUGCCGACCUGGACCCGGGUGAAUGCCGGCCGUUUGUCGCCGGGAUCCAGCCGGCUGAGGACCGGGAUUACAACCCCAAGGAAGAGGAACUGCGGUCCUUGUGGGAUCGGAUUCACCCAGACCGCGAGUUUGUGCAGGAACAGUCGUAUCGCAUCGGCCUGGCGCAGCGCAACCUCUACAAGUGGCUGCGGCCCGGUGAACCGGCCGUCCAGGUGGAUGGCGCUUGCACGUUCAUAAUGAACCACUUCUUCGAUGGACGGCGGUUCGACCUGGGUGAGGUUGGUCGCAUCAAGGUUGACCAGCGGCUGGGUCGUUCCGAGUCGCAGAUUCUGACCGAUGCCCAGAAACUGGUGUUGGAAUUCGUGCGGGAGCAGCACGCAAAGUCCGGCGACGGAACCACGGCCACCGAGAUUUUUGCGGCGUCCGGCCACGAGCACCGCAUCCUGUCGGACCGGGAUCUGGACGCACUCAUCAACUUUGGGUACCUGACCCGGCGGGCGGAUCGCCGCAUCGAACCGGUCGAGCUGUUUGCUGCCGGUGAUGACGAGCGGACGGUCAAUCUGUGGUCUUUGGACGCUGCCAACUCGGCGACGCUGUUGUCGCAAGCCGAGGGAUCGUCCGAGGAAUCUCUGGCGGUCAAGGUGCAGGUUCAGGUCACCGACACGUUGGGUGAUCCGGUUGCCAUCUCCGUUAUCCCGCUGCUGGCGGGCGUUGUUUCUGAUGAUGCCAUAACCUGCGGCGAAAUCACGAUUAUGAAAAACCGGUUCCGUGCUGAGCACAGCAUCGUUGAGGCCGGCCAACUUAUCUACGCUGAACGGGCGACGCAAGGGCCGUUGCAGUCGUGGGAAUUGACCCCGAUCCGCGCCCGCGCCUCUCGCAUUGUGGGUGUCGUUACCGAGGUGAAUACCGGACCCAACGGUAAUAUGCACCGGGUGAGGUUCAACUUGCCUGGUAUCGAGUUGCCGGAGCGCCGGGUGUUGGAUUUGAACGACAUCAUCGACACGUUGCGGGAACUCAUCAAGCAUCACACCGAAAACCUGGAGCCUCGCGACAACAUUGACCACCUGGGGAACCGCCGCGUGCGCGUGGCCGGUGAACUCAUGCGCGACCAGGUUCGUAUUGGCCUGCUGCGAAUGCACCGGAUGUUCCAGGACCGGGUGGGACGGCUGGAAAAGCCGGAAGACGCGGUGCCAGCCAAGUUGGUCAACGUGCGUCCCGUUACGGGCGCCAUUCGCGAGUUUUUCGGCGGGGACAAGCUGUCCCAGUUUAUGGACCAAACCAACCCGUUGGCCGAACUGACGCACAAGCGCCGACUGUCGGCGUUGGGUCGGGGCGGCCUGACCCGGGAGCGGGCGGGUUUCGACGUGCGCGACGUUCACGCAUCGCACUACGGGCGCAUCUGCCCCAUUGAGACACCGGAAGGCGCAAACAUUGGAUUGUUGAGCAGUCUGGCGGCCUAUGCACGCAUUGACCGGGCUGGGCUUCAUUGA